AUGCUGGAGUCAGUAACUCAGAGCACAUUUCUGCCAAACACAAUGGUUUGUGAUCCCCUCAUGUCUUCGACAGGACUCUUUGGGACAACUGAAGAUGUCUACACUGCCUGUGAUCAUCAAAGAGAUCCUAAUUCUUUCUGGACAUCUAUCCACCCAGAAUACUGGAGUGAGCACAACGUCUGUGAAUGGUUGCAGUUUUGCUGUAACCAGUACAAACUAGAUGCCAACUGCAUUUCCUUUCCCCACUUUAAUAUGAACGGCUUGCAGUUAUGCAACAUGACCCAGGAAGAGUUCCUAGAAGCUGCAGGCAUUUGUGGUGAAUUCCUGUAUUUCAUCUUACAGAAUAUCAGGAUGCAUGGCAUUUCCUUUUUUACUGAUGCAGAAGUAACAAAGCCAUCAAACAAGGACUGUAACUUAUUUGUACAUGAUAACCUCCAUAAGCUCCAGGAAACACUAAAAUAUCUACUAAAUAUCUAUCUUCCUCCUGUUCAAGACCUACAGAAUUCUCAUUUGUGGGAAUUUGUAAGAGAUCUGCUCCUUUCUCCUGAAGAAAAUGGUGGCAUCCUGAAAUGGGAAGACAGGGGACAAGGCAUUUUUCAUGUUGUUAAAUCAGAAGCUCUGGCAAAGAUGUGGGGGCAAAGGAAGAAAAAUGACAGAAUGACGUAUGAAAAAUUGAGCAGAGCUCUCCGUUACUAUUAUAAAACGGGCAUUUUGGAACGAGUGGACAGAAGGCUGGUGUACAAGUUUGGAAAGCAUGCCCAUGGCUGGCAGGAGAACAAGAUGUGAAUUGCCUCAUGUUUCCUUCUCAGUACAGAAUGUGCCACAUCCUGAAUUAUAAAGCUGCAAUGGAUACUUGAGGGAGAGUUUUUCUGCUCCCUCUCUCCCCUCUGUCAGUCUGGUUGAACUCAUUGCAGAUUGCUUCAAAAGACAGACUAGAGCAACAAAAACAGCACUUGAGUUUUGGAGUUGUCCUCCCCUUCAUGAUUUCUGCCAAGCACUAUCUCUUGUACCCCUUUACUGCUCCUCAAGAGAUAAGGAUUAAUGUUGAUGUUUAAACAGUCCCUGCCUCUCUCUGUCUUAGCCAGUAUGUCCACUGGGAAGUAUUAAAUUCUGCCCAGUUUCACUGCCAUUUAAAAGAAAUUGUUUAGGUACAUCUUCCAGUUAGGUUCCUAUACUUUGGAGUAACACAGAAAAUUUUCCUUCAUUUCAUAAGAAAAACACCUUUCUUAUCCAAUAUACCCUAAACCAUUGCAUUUCUCAGAUAUGCUAGAAUUCAAUAUGUUGUUCAAAAUGAGCAAUUCAGUCCUCUAUAUUUAUCUGGAUUUAACUGGUUCAGUCAACUAAGUUAACAAAGAAAAAAGACUAUUCUGAAUUAUUUAUCAAGCAGCUAUCUUCCUUGCCUAUUGAUGUCAUCUAUGCAAUUAUAUUAACCUAUAUAUACUUGGUAUAUUUAGUUUUUUGAGCCAAAAAAGAGUUCACUGCAAUUAUUUAUCACUGUUCUUUGUGCUGCAUUGGUGAGUUACCAUUGUUCACAUGAUAUCAAUUCUGUUAUAUAGCAGAAUUAAUAUAAUUUUUAUUAUAAAGAAUUUUGAUGGAAAUAUU